AGGUUGCCCCGAGUCCAUAUCAGUGAAAUUGGCAGUACAUUUCUCUAUGGACCACCCCGUCGCCAAUUUCACAUGUGAUAUUAGCAGUCGAGUAGAUCACGUUAUAAGCCACGUCGUUUGUGAAUUGGGUGCCACCACUCAGCUCAAGUCGGAAGAAUAUGCACCCAAGGUCUGGGGCAUGGCCGAAUUUUUAUUACCCAAUUCGUGCCUUUGCGACUACGAGUACUUCCACCACUGUAUCAAACUGGAAAAGGAUGUCUUGGUGUGUCUGCUUCAUAUAGACGAAGUGCCCAGGCCUUUGCUUAGGGCUGCAGAAGAUGACAUCAAAGAUAUUGAAAUCAAAGUUGACGAUCUGCUGUCUAGAGAGCCGGGAGAUGCAUUCACUCACGCGACGGUCUCCGUUGUCAUCGACAUCAUUCACGGAGAAAUUGAUCGACUCUUGGUAAACUCUAGCAACACACAACCCGAAGGUCUGCUGCAGUCCAUCAAAGAUGGUGUUUGGCACUGCAAGUUCCAGGUCAGUCGCUUUCUUUCCGAACUGUAUCGUCUUUGAUGAAGUGAUCAGCUCCAGUAGCGUGGCCAUUUGUACUCUCCCGCGUGCAUAACGCCUUGCUCUUACUUCCUUUGGUGGAAGGAAAGUGGCGGAAGGUGAUCGAGGAGGUGGAUCAGAAGCUGAACACGUUGAACUUGGAUGGACAUCACCGAAUUUUUUUACUUACGUU